ACAAUUCAGAGAAGAGAACGUCAAUGGAAAACUUUCACAAUUUAUUUAUUUUUUGUCUUCAGUUUUUCUUUCUGGCAACGUGUUCACAAAAAGAUACGAUAGAAUAUGAUCAAGCCAUCCGCGAUGGCGAUACCCUUGUUUCCUCCAAUGAAAUGUAUGAACUCGGGUUUUUUAGUCCUGGAAGCUCUAGGAACCGGUAUUUGGGGAUAUGGUACAAGAACAUAUCCCCACAGACAGUGGUGUGGGUUGCUAACAGGGAGACGCCAAUAACAGAUUCAUCUGGUGUUUUUAGAAUCGACACCAACGGAUCCCUACGGGUUAUCCUUAGUAGCAACAACACUAGUAUAUGGUCAUCUAACCUCGGCCUAGUAUAUCACACAACACUACAUUCAGUUGCGCAACUUUUAAACUCUGGAAAUCUGGUUCUCAGAACAUCCGGUGAGGAAAGCUUCAUUUGGCAAAGUUUUGAUUACCCUGGGGACACAUUUCUUCCAGGGAUGAAAUUGGGGAAGGACCUGGUCACUAGGCUAGAUAGGCGGUUGACGUCAUGGAAGAGCCUCGACGACCCUUCACCCGGCCCAUAUGUAUCAUUCAUGGAUACAAACGGGUUCCCUCAGUUGUUUGAAGAACAACAAGAUUCGGUUCCACACUUGAGAUUGGGACCAUGGAACGGUAUUACCCUCAAUGGCAUGCCUAGCUUGGGAUCAAACCCUAUAUUCACACACGAAUUUAUUUUCGAUGAUAAAGAGGUUUACUACGGGUACACACUUGUUAACAGUUCAGGCGUCACGCGUGUGUAUCUGAGUCCAGAAGGCAACAUGCUACGACUAAACUGGAUCGAAAGAACACAGACGUGGUUCCUAUACUGGAACGCAAAUAUUGACAUAUGCAGCCGAUACGGACUAUGUGGUCCAUAUGGAAGUUGCAACAAGAACAACUCACCGCCUUGUAGCUGUAUGGAAGGGUUCGUACCACGAAACCCAGAUGAAUGGAGUGCCUCAAAGUGGUCAAGUGGGUGUCGUCGUAGAACAUCUUUAGGUUGUCAGAAUGGGGAUGGUUACCGAGUCUUUAAAAACGUUAAGAUGCCAGACACUCAGCGUUCAUGGUACAAUCGGAGCAUGACACUUGGCGAAUGUGAGACAGCCUGCAAGCAGAAUUGCUCAUGCGUAGCGUAUGCAAAUAUCGAUAUAAGAAUGAACGGAAUCGGAUGCUUGCUGUGGUUCGAUGAUCUAAUGGAUAUUGGAACAGUGGAUGAAAGCCAGGAUCUUUAUGUAAGAAUGGCCGUCUCCGACUUGACCAUUCCAUCAAUCACGGAAUCAACCUCCAAACCUGGUUCCGACAAAAAGAGGAAAAGAAUCAUAGUUGUGGCGUCAAUUUUAUCUAGUAUGGUGAUCUUGAGUUUAGCAAUCUUGUAUGGUUGGAGAAAGAAUAAAAGAUCCCAUAUGAAAAUACCAGAUGAAGUUGUGCAAACCAUUGAUGAAGAGUAUACCAUGGAGAGUCGAGAGGGCGAUACAGAGUUAUCGUCUUUUAGCCUGAUUAAGAUAUCCAAAUCUACUAAUGCUUUUGCGAAUGACAAGAAGCUCGGAGAAGGUGGCUUUGGUCAGGUUUUCAAGGGUGUGUUGGAUGAUGGAAAAGAAAUAGCUGUGAAAAGGUUAUCCCAAACUUCAAGACAAGGUCUUGGUGAGUUAAAAAAUGAAGUUAAAUUCAUAGCUAAGCUUCAACAUCGAAAUCUUGUAAAGCUUUUUGGAUACUGCAUACAAGGAGAUGAAAAUAUGUUGGUCUAUGAAUACAUGCCUAACAGAAGUCUGGACUUAUUCAUAUUUGAUAAAAUAAAAAGUUCAGUACUAGAUUGGCCAGAUCGUUUUCGCAUCAUUCAUGGCAUUGCUCGAGGACUCCUCUAUCUUCAUCAAGAUUCACGAUUUAAAAUUGUUCAUCGAGAUCUCAAAGCGAGGAAUAUAUUGCUGGAUGUUGACAUGAACCCAAAGAUAUCAGACUUUGGUUUAGCAAGGCUAUUUAGAGAACAUGAAAACGAAGCGAAUACAAAUAACAUAGUUGGAACUUUGGGUUACUUGUCACCAGAGUAUGCUGUAGAUGGGACUUUCUCGGAAAAAUCAGAUGUCUACAGUUUUGGAGUUCUAGUGUUGGAAAUAGUGAGUGGGAAGAAAAAUAGGGGAUUCUUUCACGAAAAGGAUAGUGAUAAUCUUCUUGCACAUGCAUGGAGACUUUUUGAAAAAGGUAUGGCUGAGGAGCUACUUAGUGCGGAUAUCCGUGAUUCAUGUGUCCCCUCGGAAGUACUUCGGUCGAUACAUAUCGGUCUUUUAUGCGUACAACAUUACGCAAAAGACAGACCAAAUAUGUCAAAUGUGGUUUUGAUGUUUGAUAAAGAAGGUACAUUGCCUCAACCUAGACAACCUGCAUUUUUUGUCGAAGGUAGUAUACCUCAUACUAAUCUAGUAUCUGUCAAUGACAUCACGUUGACAACACUAGAACCUCGCUAAUAUUUAAAUUUUUCCAUGUCAAAGAUGUGUACAAAAAAUAUUGUGGAAUACAUGGGAAGGAAAACAUUUUGUUACAUAAGUAUUAUAACUCGUCAGGGUUGUAUGCAUGCACUAAGUAGCAGAAACAUAAAAAUGUAGGUUACGGAUAAUUUACAUUGAGAUUCAGUUUAAUCAUACAAGAGAAGCAUUUUUAGUUUA